AUGCCGAACCACCACGAACACAAACACCUGGCAAGGGCCGAAACUGUCUAUGCGACUGUCUACACCACCCUCAGCGCCACAUUCACCGACGAAAUUGCUGGAUACUCGACCGUAGGCGUGGACAACACCGCAACAUCUGUCGCCAAUGCCGCCGCCACGACCGCUGCCGCCGAGGCAGCGGCCUCUGACGAUUCGACUCUACCUGCAUCGCUAGUCGCAACCGGAACUGUUGAUGUGGGCUCUGAAUCGAAUCUGGCCAUGGCAACUAGUACUUCUUCGACUUCGGCCAAGGCUUCAUCCACGACUGGGUCCGCUGCUAGCACCGCAGCUGCAGCUGCUGCAUCCUCUUCGACUUCAUCCUCUAGCUCAAGCACUGGCGACAGCAGUGGCGUCAAGGCCGGUAUUGCCUUUGGUGUUCUAGGAGGACUCUUGUUAUUCGGUUUACUCGCCUGGUUCCUAUUCAAUAAACGGAGAAAGCAGAUGGAGCAGCAGAAGGCUAUUGACAACGAGAAGAUGAGCGGCAAUGCAGGCGCAGCUGCUACUGGAGCUGCUGUUGCCGGUGGUGUUGCAUUCGCCGCAGCUGCAAACCGCCGUGACUCUGUCCAAACUACCCACACGACUGCCGAUGCUCCCCGCUUGGAGUUGCGACCUGUUACCCAGUUCAUGCCCAAUUUUGGCGAGAGACGUUCCAGCAAGGGUGCGGCUCUUGCUCUGGGUUUAGCUCCGAUUGGAAACAACUCGCAAGCACGCACCCUUGGUGCAGGUACCGACCGUCCUUCAACCAGCCAGAGCCAUGAGAAUCCCUUCGGCAGCGGUGCUGAGCAGCUUGACGGAGUUUCUGAAAUGUCGGUUCAGGCCGCCUCGCAACCCCACAACCCCUUCGAUGCGCCUGAAAAUGUUGUUGGCCUCGCUCAAAGUACCGAUGAACACAACGUUUCGCCCAUUUCGGAACAUGCCCCUGAUGGAUUUGGUUCUGCUGCUACUGGGGCUGCCGCCGGAGCUGCCGCUGGUGUUGCUGUUGGCACUGCCUUGACCCGAAAGCAAUCGAAGAGGGAGGCACCUCAGACUCUCGAUCUCACCAAGGCCAACAAACCCGCUCAAGUCCUCGACCCCAUUCCCGCACCCGCAAGUCCCGCCGGCACCGAAUUCAGUCUCACGGAAAUGGAGCCAGGUCAAACUCCCGGUCCUUCCAGCAGUGCUGCAGCGAUUGCUGCCGCCGGCGGUCCUCCCCAGUCUACUGUCCACCGUGUUCAACUGGACUUCAAGCCCACAUUGGAUGAUGAGAUUGAACUUAAGGCUGGCCAGCUUGUCAGAAUGUUGCACGAGUAUGACGACGGUUGGGCUCUUUGCAUCCGUCUCGACCGCUCUGCUCAAGGUGUAUGUCCCCGAACUUGUCUCUCUACCCGACCUGUGAAGCCCCGUCCUGGUCCUCCUGGAGCCGGUCCUCGUGGUCCUCCUGUGAACCCUGCUGGACGUGGACCUCCCCGUGGACCCGGCGCCGGCCCUGGCCAGAGACCUCCUCCUGGCCAGCGCCCAAUGACUCCUCAAGGCGGACCAUUCCCUCAGCCCAACGGACCUAAGAGACCAAUGAACGGACCUGGACGCCCGCAAUCUCCCGCCAUGAUGAGACCGCAAUCGCCUGCCGGCAUGGGACGCCCUCAGUCUCCUGCCAUGAUGAGACCCCAGUCGCCAGCUAUGAUGCGACCACAGUCACCUGCUGGUAUGGGACGUCCUCAAUCGCCCGGUCCCCGGCAACGAGGCUACAGCCAGAGCAGUCAACGCAACGGCCCUGGUCCUAGCCCAAUGAACCCCGCAAGUGGUUCUCCUCCUCAGGGACCCAUCGGCAGAAAACCCGUUCCCGGUCAAGCCUACUAG